UGCGCGGCGCGGGGCCGGGUUGUGCGGGAAGUCCUGGGCCGUGGCUGGGAGCUGCCCGCUCGGCCCCUGACUCCGGGCAGGGGCGGGCAGGCAGCGCGCCGGGCAGCCCUCGGCCAGAGAUUAUGGCUGCGGCGCUGGGGGCGCGAGGGUCGACGCGGCGUUGGUUCGCGGCGCUGCGGGGCAGGAGCCAGAGCCUCGCGGCCAUGUCAGCAGAUGCUCACUGGUUGACAGCAGAGGAGAGGAACCAAGUUAUACUUGACCGUAAAGCAGCAGGAUGGUCGGAAUUAAGUGAGAGAGAUGCCAUCUACAAAGAGUUCUCUUUCAAAAAUUUUAAUCAGGCAUUUGGCUUUAUGUCCCGAGUUGCCCUACAAGCAGAGAAGAUGAAUCAUCACCCGGAGUGGUUCAAUGUGUACAACAAGGUUCAGAUAACUCUCACAUCACAUGACUGCGGAGGACUGACCAAAAGAGAUGUGAAACUGGCCAAGUUUAUUGAAAAAGCAGCUGCUUCUGUGUGAUUUCUUCUAAAAUGCAUGUAAAAUCUUAUAUACACAUCUAGCUCCAAUGUAUUUUGAAGGCAAUUUAUCAACACAUGAACAAAUUAAGGCGUAAAUUUAGUUCACCUUUUGAACGACCACAUUUUGUAAAAUCAGUGCUUAAAUAAAAAUGAUUUAAACU